AUGGGGUUUUUCAAGCGGACCACCUCGCUCGACUCCAUUGGCGUAGUCUACGAUGAGCUCAAUCCGCGGUCCCGCGAUGGGGCGGCGCCGCACGGUGUGGCGAGGGGGCGGUCAGAGAAGUGUGCCUUCACUCCGUCGCUGAACGUGGCCCGCAUCGAUGACGCGUUCUCAGAGACGAGUGUCACGGCUGACACACGCACGCGCUCCUCGUCGUACCCGGUCACCACGUCGUCGGUGCGCAUGCAUCACUUGCGCGAGGCGUCAGGCGACUUCACCUUCACCGGGCAGCCGCGCGCGGUGGUGAACUUCCGCUCCUGCAUCACCGCCAACGACGCGCGCAGCCGAUUACACGCCCGGGCUGGCCGCGGCAGCGAUGGAGACAACGUGGCAGAGGCGGUGUUGCCAGUGAAAACGGGCCCGUUCUCAGCAGACAUUGUGUGCAUUAUACUGCUUUACGUGGACACGAACACGCACGCAGACAUGGUUGAACUCGGCAGCGUGUGCCGCUUCUGGCGCUUUUACGCGAACUUGGCACCGCACUGGACGUACUUCCGCUGCAGGGAAUGGAGGAAGCAGGUGAACCUACCGCACGAUGUGCGCCGCAUCGUCGCCAAGACAAAGGUGGUGACGCGUGACGAGUACAUCCGAGAGCGCAUGAAGGUCGAGGACUACAAGAAGAAGGAGUACAUCAUCGGCACAGCAAAGCACAUUCGGUGGUGUGUCGCGACAGGGAUUAUGGUGGGGGUGAUGCUCACGGCAAACUUUGUCGUCGCCUACUUCUUGGGGUUUCUCCGCACGGCGCUCAGCUCCGACUUGAACCUCGGCAUCACGACCUUUGUGCUGCUCAUUGUUGCAACACUUCUGGAGAUAACCCUUGUCAUCUUCCCGCUGGCUGGAAACUCCGUCUCGAGCACGAACAAGCACAGUACCAUGCGCAUCCUCGCGUGGUGUGUGUUCAUGCUCGUGUGCAGCAUGAUCCUGGGCACCAUCUCGGCCCUUGCUUUCACCCGCGUUCAGGCUUCGAGGCACGUGCUGGACGGGCCGACCAUCGACCUCACAAUGUCGGCACCGUGCGAGGCGUACUCGAGCAAGAACCUGCCGAGCUUCGCGCUGGUGCCGGCGGAGCUGAGCGACCUGCGGUGGCGGCCCAUCACCCUCGACGAAAACGAAAAACAACUGAUACCGUAUUGUGUGACGAAAAGCGGCGAGGGCUUCGACACGGCGCCCAUGUGCUUUGUUCUUAUGUACUUCGACGCAACCUACUCCUCGGCGGUGUUCCAGAAUGAGUCGGCGCUCCUGGCGGGCAGGGACGUUGGCACCCACUACGCCAUAUUGUUCGAUCCCUUCUCCGUCAGUGUGCAGAUUAGCGGGCUGUGGUGCAACAAGUCGGGCCUCCCGCAGGUGGUGGCGCUGUCGCAGCCCAUGUACUCGAGCGUCAAGGCGAGACGUGAUCAGCUCUACCCCACCACCGCAGACUGGCUCGACCCGUCGAAGCGGCCGACGACCUUCUCCACCAUUAGCCUGCGCUGCAGCUCAGCCAUCAAUCGCGAAACGACGGAGAAUCCGCCGAAGUCAACCGAGCUGUGGUACGGCAAUGCAGCAGCGUGGAAGUGGUACUAUGUCCCACUGGUGACGACGCACCCACAGGUACGAAGCGCCUUCCAGCGGAUGCACGACCACUUCCUCCACUACGCCUUCCUGUGCCACAUCACCGCCGGUGUUAUGUGGGUCAUAAUGCUAUUCGCACAGAUCAUCUUCAAGACGGCGUCGAACAUGAUCUUAGGCGUGGCGACGACAGCGGCGCUGGUGUGCCUGAACCCGCUCACGAUGAUCCUCUCCGGCGCCCUCUGCGUGAAGGUAAGCGACUCCUACUUCAUGUGCGACGCUGGCUCUGGCGGCGCUCUCAUCGGCGGCGGUGUUGGGCUCACAUUUCUGGUGCUGACCAUCUACGUCACGGCGAGGGAGUGA